AUGCACUUUAUUUACCCCUCCAACCCUCCAACCCUCCAAUCGCCCUCAUGGACACCCUGGACAUGGCUUGAGCCUGGGCUGCAACGUGACCUCAAGCUCUCUUCCGCGACAACACGACUCGAGACGGGAAUGUCGACCCGUGACUGUAUCCGACCUGUCAGCAACCUGCCAGCAACCUGCCCAGCACUACCGUUCGGCAACAAUCCGUCCCUGUAUCUUGCCGAAGCCGAAGGCUCCGGUCUGCGACAGCGCGAGCUAAUCUCAGGCUUCCUGUUCGCAGGACCCGAGCUUUGCCCCAAGUUGAGCAAGCAGCGCGGCAGUUUGCCUGAUGCUGCAUUUGAUGAACUACUCAAGGGUCGCCUUGUGCGUGACACAUGGGCUGAUCCCCUUCCAAACGAACACACUACCGCAGGUCAAGUCUCGGCAUCGCCUUGA